AUGCCUGCACGAGAGAGAUCUUGUCUGCUAAGACUCUUCCUCUUCUUCCUUGUUCACACGAACUUCUUGGUUCUCACACGAUCAGGGGUCAACAGUGAUCUGGUUGUCGCCCCGCACGCAUGCGGCAACAACCCUUUGAAAGCAGCGCACCCCAUGCUGCGAUGCAGCCUGAGGCUUCGAGGAGGGAUAGACUCACCCAAGACACCAACAGUGAAGAGGAGCAGGAGGUUGCAGGGACACUCCCCCGAGAUGAAGGACGUCUCUCCCUCCCUGCUCUCCGCUCGCAAGUCCAAGACCCCAAGGAGUCGUAUACCGCUGAAGAGCCGAGAAGGUUCUGAGCAUGAGACAAGCGCAAGGGAUGUGAAACAAGAAACAAGCACGCGAGCUAGAUCGAUCGUUCUGUCGCAGCGAGCGUAUGACCACGUCCUGCAACGAGUGAGGGACGGGAAGGUGGCAACAGUGAAGGGCCAGCGAGGGUCGAGGCAGAGGGUGGUGUGGAAGGAUCAGAAGCUCGUGACAGAGAGCGGAGUAAAGGUAGUGAGGUCUCAGGAGGACGACUGGGACAUGUCGGACACAUCGAGUGACCUGUCGAUCCGAGAUGGCAGAGAGGAAGUGAAGGAGGAGGAGGAGGAGAAGGAGGAGGAGGUUAUGAUUGGACCCGCCUGCCCGCCGAAGCUUGGCCGAAGAGGAUCUGUGCGCGGAGAAUCUAAUUUUUCAGCUUCGCACACACAAGAGGUGGAGGUGAGCGACGAUAUCCAGGAGGAGAGCCGGUCGGAGACGCUGCCAAAGAGGAGACGACUCGAUACGAAGGGCAGGGAGAAAGAGAAGAAGAAGGUGAAAGAGCGGAAGUUGACUUCAUCGAAACUUAGCAAACAGCCUUCUCGAGGGCUCAAACAAUCAUCGAACAAGGAAAUCUUUCGAUUCCCGUCUCAUUCCAACCUCUUGGUCGGGCCCUGGUUGAUUCAGAUGUAUCAGUCUAGCGCAACUCUGUUCCUUGGGUUGGAGAUCUCGAGCCGGGACGUCGAGGACGUUAAGACUCUGAAGCCUGUGACACUCCCUCCCUCCCCCAUUGUUGCCCCUGUACUUAUCUACGAUGAAGACUCAGUGGGCCCAGAGCAUGUCAAUCAAUCCUACUCCAAGGGCAUCAGUCGCCUGUUCGAGAACAAGACGAUAGAGGGCGUCUUGUGGCAGAAGAGGGAAAAAGGCGAACUCCAGUGUGUCUUACGGGGCAUGGAAAACGGCCCCGAGAAGAGAGGAAGGGAAGGAAUCCUGAUGAGUUACGGGAGGAUAUACCUCAAGAUGACGUGGCAAGAGGAAGACCUCCCGUCUCUCACCGGAAGGAUUGGAGCAGAUUACUUCGAAUCCAUCCUUGACAAAGAAGCUCGCCAGCCAUGGCGUCCGUUGAAUUUACCACCGACCAAGUCAAUCAAAUGGAACAAAUUGAACAACACGAGAGCAUUACUUCAUGAUAAAUCAACGUCCUCUCCAAAGCUUCUCCCAGCCAACGAGACGACGGUCGAGGAGGUUCAGACGCGGAAAGGAGAUCUGCUAGUCAUCGGGCUGUCAAAGAAAGUGAAGAAAAGGCAUCUUGCCAAGACUUUCUCACCUUUUGGGCCCAUCCGAUACAUUAGGAUCAUCCGAUCCAAGAGGAGGGUGGAGAAGAGGGUUCCGAAAAUCAAUGAUUUCGCCAUCGUGGAGUUUGAAUGGGACGAGUCAGCUAGCUUUGCUAUGACGAUGAACGGAAAGAUGAUAAAAGGAGACAAGGUCAUGCUACAGAUUGCCAAGAGAAGUAUGGGCUCCUCUUCGUCUUCGUCUUCAUCGUCCUCGGAAGUUCUUGAGCAUUAUCCUACACUUUGCAUCUCUGGCAUUGACGAAAAAGCGAAGAAAGCGGCUGUGCUGAAGGCGCUCAAUAUGUCAAAAUCACAAGCAAAGAUUGAAAAGUCAGAGAGAAAGUGA